AAAGCAGGAGCCCUCUGUGGCAGUACUUGGGUGUCUGGGCUCCGAGACUCCGGCCUGACCUCUCCACGGGGUCGACAGGAACGUCUCUGGAUGCCAAGAGUCUCAAAGGGCCGACCAGGAUGAAGAAACCCCCAGCGAAGUCCAUGGGAAGCACCACGGCAGCCUAGCCUCAGGCCUGCCCAGACGGUGUUCGGCUGUAACCAUGGAAUACUGGGAAUGUCCCAUUCUAUGAAGGAAGUUUGCCGGCCACAACAGGAAUAUUCAUGAAUAUGGAGGGGUUGGGCAUGUUCCAGGAUCUGUUUAUAGACUUCUCUCAGGAGGAAUGGGAGUGCCUGGACACUGCUCAGAAGGACUUAUACAGAAAUGUAAUGAUGGAGAACUAUAGCAGCCUGGUCUCACUAGGUCUCUCUAUCACAAAGCCUGAUGUGAUUUCCUUACUGGAGCAAGGGAAAGAGCCCUGGAUGGUUUCAAGGGACGUACCAAGAGGAUGGUGCCCAGAUUUAUACCAGGCGCUGGAGACCCUCCCACCUGGUCCAUACCCGCCUCCCGGUGAGCACCGAGACCCAACCUUGUGCACCGCCAGUCUUGUUAUCAACAAACAGGCUAGUAAAUUAUAAAAAGUAAAAUAAAGGAAAUGUAGCUGGGUGUGGUGGCAUGCGCCUGUAAUCCCAGCUACUCCAGAGGCUGAUGCAGGAGAAUCACUUGAACCCAGGAGGU